AUGAGUCGAGAACAGUGUUCGAUAGAAAUUUGUGAAAAUUUACAGAAUGCUUCACUAAUAAUCAGAGGUGCACAAUGGUUACAACAUAUGGAAACCGUAUAUCUAGUUUUUCUUAUCAUUUGCACACUAAUUUUCAUAGCCAUUAUCAGUUUAUCAGUUGUUCACUUAAUAGUAGUAUAUCGUCGAAUUAAAGAAGAAGCUAUUCAAAAUGAUCUAUAUUUUUUGAUAUUACUUCUUCCGAUCGUUGGCGGUACUUCUUUAAUUGGGCUUUAUCUGCCAAGAACUGCUGAUUUUAUGUUUAUCAUAUCUUUAACAUAUCUGAUGAUGUGUUUGCAUAAAUUGUUGAAUUUAAUGCGACAUCUUUAUGGAAGUAGAAAAGCUAUAGCAGAAUAUAUUCAGUCCAGAGGAAUGAAACUGAAAAUGAAUGUACCACCAUUAUGCUGUUGUUGCAGGUGCUUACCUCAGCUCGAACCGAACGAGAAAAAUUUACGUUCUAUUGAAUGGAUCGUUUUUCAAUCGCCAAUAAUACGAAUUAUUAUCCAAUUUAUAAUGGUCGUAAUUUAUGUCGAGCAUGAGAAGCUGCGUGAACAUAAGUUUUCUGUGAUUUUUCGAAUCGUGAAUUUAACGCAAGUUGGAUUCACUCUCCAGAAGCUCAUCUUUGAUUUAAUUGGUAGCUACGCAUUUGAAUCUGGCCCGAUUCUCAGUAAUAAAUCCAAAGCAAUGUAUUGGAAUGGAGUGGCACUUAUUUUCGAGAUGUUCAUUAUGUCAAUCGUGGCAACGAUUUGUGUGAAUCCAGAACGAAGUGCGCUAUUUGAUGCAAACAUCGCUCCGAAACAAACUGAUCGUUUGCAUAUUUCGCCAAUAAAAGAUCAACGACUUUAA